UUUCAGUAAGAAAUGUCAUUCGGGUGGGUAAGCCUGGUCGCCACGCCAAAAUCCCAUCCCUUUGAGGAAAGGCGGAUUAAGGUGAAUGGCUCGAACGACCCGGUAAAAAUAGGCCGAGCGGUCGCGCGCAUCCAGGCAACCGCUGAAAAUGCGGUUUUUGACUGUAAAGUCUUAUCGAGAAAUCACGCGAUUCUUUGGUUUCGAGACGGCGAGUUCUGGCUCAAGGACACGAAAAGCAGCAAUGGAACCUUCGUGAACAACGAGAAGCUGCAACAAACCGUCUCGGGACGGGACACGGAUGUCAGACGGGUCUUCAGUGGAGACAUCAUACAGCUCGGCGUGGAAAUUGUGGAAAACGCGAAUAAAGUUCCAGUCGUGUACGGAUGCAUCUACGCAGUCAUCAACUGCUUCAAUGCCGAUGGGAAGCUGAUGGAGAACACGGGACCCGCGAGCGAAGAAGGUCAACGGACGACGACGACAACGCUUGUCAGCAAUCGGAAGCUGUUUCAGAUGCAGCAAUACAUAUCAGAAGCCCAGCAUCGAGAAAAGCAGCGAGAGGAUAAGCUAACCGAGCUGAUGAGCAUCAUCGCAGCCAAUGAGCAAGCUGCGGAAACGGCCUGGAAAGCUCUGGUAAAUGAGGAUCGACUUUUGGCCAGAAUAGAAUCACUGGAAGCACAAUUGUCAAUCCUAUCCUCCAACAACAAUAAUCCGGACAAACAAAAAGAGGAACUUCUCAAAAUGAUCGACGAAAAGACGAAAUUCGAGGCCAAGACGAAGGAGAUGAUCCGUCGAUUGAUUGAGGAGAACGGAGAGACGACAUCUCGCUUGAAAGACAUGGAAAGAUCACUGGAGACGACGGAACAAACGUAUCAACAGCUCCGAUCACGGAAUGAGGAUCUCGAGACGGCGUUGGCGGAAACGACAGAAAUGUUCGAUGCGAAGGCUGCCGAGUUGGAGCAGGCCACUGCUGAUUUGAUUGAGAAGCAGAAGGUUGUGACGACUUAUGAGGAGAAGCUCACCGAUUUGCAGCAGAAGAAUUUGAAGUUGAGCAAGAGUUGUGUGAUAAACGAGACGGCUUCCGGAUUGUCACGCCUGUUGGCCAACUCAAUUAACAGUGGAAGCUUCAUCGAUGAGCCCGAACUUCAUUUGCUCAUUAGUACGCUGAAAUCGGCUUCCUAUCUGCCACCACAUACCCGGGAGACCACAUCAUCAUCGAAUGAUAAUUCGUCGGCGUCGGAUUCCGCCGAGCUUCAUACACAGUUGAUCAAUGGAUUUGCUCAGUCAUCUGAAUCGUCGGAAGAGUCGGAGGAGAAGAAGAAGAAGCCACAGCAACAAGAUGAUAAGACGACAAUUGAAGCAUAUCUCAAGACAAUUCUCGAGCUACAGGCCAAGAAUCGGGAGCUUGAGAUGACAGCAGCAAUGGCAACAAUGCCUGAAGUUCAAGAGAACCAUGGAUGCCUUGAAGCUUCAUCGCUGAAAGAAACGCUGGAAUUUUCACCGUCUGGAAAUGUUUCGUUCUUCCCGCCUUCGGAAUCUGCGAAUUUGUCCGGAUCAUCAACUUCCACGUCUUCACAGGCGCCACUAUGGCAGAAGCAGGCGACGAUGGUGAUGAAGAAGCCCGAUGAACUUGAGAACUUGUUGCUGUUGGUGUCACUGGUUCCGCUUCUCGCAUUUCUGCUCUCAGCGAUUGCUCCAAUCCAAAAGCGAUUUUCAAGUGGAUCAUCACCACAAGUGAAGAAAGAAGAAUAGUGAAGGAUUAUCGCACACACAGUUUUGUGCUAGAAAUAUUAUCUCAAAUCAAAUCCGAUCUCUCUCUCUUGUCCACGAAAUAAUUCCUCUCCCCGUUUCAUUCUCCCCUAUGUAUUGUAGUAUAUUCUUUAUUCAUAUUAUUUAUUUUCAUUAUUUUCCCCGCUUUUUUAACCCAUUUAUUGAUCAUCCCCACUAGCUCUUUCACACAUUUUAAUUUAACUAUUAAUUUUGCGUAUCUCGAGGAAAGUCGUCGGAAUUUUUUCUUUCGAUUUUUCGCAGUUUUUUAACCAGAAAGUUGAGAAAUUUUGAUGUUUUCUUGGAAAACUGAAAAAAAAAUCUGCAAAAAAUCAAAAAUCAAUUGAAAUUUUUCGAUAUUUUUGAGAUUUUUCUUCGAGAUUUGAAAAAAAAAACGAAAACUUUAAAUUUUUUCGAUUUUUGAAUCUCAAAUCUGUUGAAAAAUAGGAAAUUCAGUUGGAAAACUGCUUGAUUUUUAUUGAUUUUUUAAAAAAUUUCCGAAAAACCGACAUUCUCGAUGCGCUAGUUACGUGUUUCAUGUCUUUGUGCUGUGCUAUCAUUAAAUUAUUUCCCUUUCAUCCCCCGAAUAUUCCCUUUUUUCCUAUUAUUUUCAAUUGAAUGUUCGCUUACAAAACUGAAAAGAGGGUAUAAGCUUGAGCCGUUGAUUCCUUCUUCCUAUCAUCAUAGUAUUAUAUAAAUAUAUUAUUUCCAAUUCUAAGGCUUUUUCUCCCCGUUUAUCGCAUUUCUGUGUAUAGAAUCUAAUUUUUUCCCCCAUUUUUUGUUGCUCGGCCCCAUCGAAAUUCGUGCUCUAAUUUCUGACACGAAAAACGAGUUUAUAAACAUUUUUCCUUUAAUUUUAAAAU